AAAAUGUCGACGUCAUCGUCGACUCUUUCCCCGUUUGACAUGACUGGCCUCGGGGCUGGAUUUGGGCUUUAUAGGCCCCGGAGACCGAGUUAUACAUAUGCUACACAAGCAGGUAGACAAAGAACAGAAAGUUACAGGUACGCCGUCAAGAAAAGCGCGGCUGAUGUUGAGGAGCAAACGGAUUUCAUUGAAGGUUACCUUACUAAGAGAGGACGGAAAGAGAGCUAUGUAAGAGCCACGCGGAGAGGGGACGAUGCCAUCGAAUUAAGGUCAGUUCUGGACACUUGCCCGUCACAUAAACCCACCGGAAAUAACGUUAUGAUGACAUCAGCUUCCCAUGUACAAGACAAUAUCAAAAACGACGAAAAACAACAAAAAAAACAACAGCAACAACAACAGCAACAGCAACAUCAACAACAACAUCAACAACAAUUUCGAAUGAACCACACACCAAAUAACCGGAUGUCUGUUAGUCUCACUACUUCCGGUGGCGGAGGAGGUGCUCCGGACCACAUUGACGAGCUUAAAACAGCAAUUGCUUGUAGAUCUAAAAUCACAAAACCUAAACAAUCUGUUUACAAACUAAACGACGACCUAAAUACACAGAGCCCUAAUCACAACAAAGGUGGAGGCGGCAAAAAACUUCCAAUAACUGAUGAGAAUCAUGUUGGUUGUCAAGACAACACAAAAGAAAAUGUCGGGACACCGUGCUCUGAACUCAGCAGUACUGUGCCAUCUGUAAUUGUUUUUACAUUCAAGAAAAAUUUAGUGUUUUUGUGUAUAAGUUUCAUCACACUGUUUUCCUCCUUCAGGGCCAUACAGAACCUCCAAAGCUCUAUCAACGACAAAAACAAUUUAGGAAUUAUCGCAAUGGCGGUAGUUCACGGAACUAUGUUUUUAACCUGUUUGUGGGCACCUUCUAUCAUCAACAAAUUAUCUGCUAAAUGGGCUCUUGUUAUAGGAAUGUUCAGCUUUCUCACAUGGAUCGGAGCUAACUUCUACCCUACAUUUUACACACUCAUACCAACUGCCAUAUUUUCUGGAUGUGGUCAAGGAAUUCUGUGGACUGCAGAAAUUUCGUACAUUUUGAAACUGGCAUUUGACUCUUCUCGUGUAAGUAGGGGCAAUAUAGACAAAGAGGUCCUCCGGUUUCAUGGGGUAUUUCUUGCGUGCUUUCAGACAACACAUAUCUGGGGCAAUCUCAUAUCCUCGUUUGUGUUUAAUUUCUAUAAGGAAGAAGAACCAGAACCUUUUUCGAAUAAUAUACUCGCAAACCUGACUGAUAUGGAUACGUAUGAUGGCGACAGGGUUGAGGCCGACAUUGUGUUAAAAAGUUGCGGGGUCCUUCACCCUUGCGGGAUCCCAGACUCCAGAAAAACUACAGAACUAGGCCAUAUAUUGGAAGAUAAGGAGGCUGCAUUGCCAUUUGCCAAUAUCAAUGAAGGUAAAAUGUCGAACACAACCUUCAGGAACUUUGUAAGACGUAAAUCGAAUGCAGUCUACGAGAUGCCUUCAGAACGCAUCCUUCAAGAAGUAAAACGAACACAUGCUCAGACAGCCAGUCAAUCGAUCCUUUUGUCAUAUGAGCAGUGGAGAAAUCACUUGAUUAGGUCGGGAAACACUAAUGACAAAAUACAGAAACAGUCGGGAAACACUAAUGACAACAUACAGAAACAGUCGGGAAACACUAAUGACAACAUACAGAAACAGUCGGGAAACACUAAUGACAAAAUACAGAAACAGUCGGGAAACACUAAUGACAAAAUACAGAAACAGUCGGGAAACACUAAUGACAAAAUACAGAAACAGCCGGGAAACACUAAUGACAAAAUACAGAAACAGCCGGGAAACACUAAUGACAAAAUACAGAAACAGCCGGGAAACACUAAUGACAAAAUACAGAAACAGCCGGGAAACACUAAUGACAAAAUACAGAAACAGCCGGGAAACACUAAUGACAAAAUACAGAAACAGCCGGGAAACACUAAUGACAAAAUACAGAAACAGCCGGGAAACACUAAUGACAAAAUACAGAAACAGCCGGGAAACACUAAUGACAAAAUACAGAAACAGCCGGGAAACACUAAUGACAAAAUACAGAAACAGCCGGGAAACACUAAUGACAAAAUACAGAAACAGCCGGGAAACACUAAUGACAAAAUACAGAAACAGCCGGGAAACACUAAUGACAAAAUACAGAAACAGCCGGGAAACACUAAUGACAAAAUACAGAAACAGCCGGGAAACACUAAUGACAAAAUACAGAAACAGCCGGGAAACACUAAUGACAAAAUACAGAAACAGCCGGGAAACACUAAUGACAAAAUACAGAAACAGCCGGGAAACACUAAUGACAAAAUACAGAAACAGCCGGGAAACACUAAUGACAAAAUACAGAAACAGUCGGGAAACACUAAUGACAAAAUACAGAAACAGUCGGAAUACACUAAUGACAAAAUACAGAAACAGCCGGGAAACACUAAUGACAAAAUACAGAAACAGCCGGGAAACACUAAAGACAAAAUACAGAAACAGUCGGGAAACACUAAUGACAAAAUACAGAAACAGUCGGGAAACACUGGUCAGAAUGCAGAGACAGCUGAGAAAACAAUAAUGACAGAAUGCAGAAAUAGAUGGCUCACUGGCACUUCAGGCACCAAUAACCACACGUACUAUGCUCCAAGCGUGAUGGCCCGUCUUGAACGAACUGAUUGA